AUGGAUGACGACGAGGACUUAGAUGCCCCGGACUCUAGCGUUAAGUACAAGAGACCAGCUACUCAUGCUGAAAAGGGUGCUGCGGAUCUCGAACGCGUUACUGAUUAUUUUGAAGAAAAAGAGCUCUCUGUUGACCUGAGCUCUCUAAAGGCUGUGUCAGUGGAAUCCGAGAUUGAAAAAAAAAUGCAAAAGGAAAGACAGCUUCUCAGGGUGAAAGUAAAGUCCGAAGAUAUCGAAAUUAUAGUACGUUAUUUUAAAGCUUAUAUUUUAGCUUGUGCAUCAUAUUUUUACUUAUUACAUAGGAGACUUUCCAAUAUUUUUGUGAUCAUUUCCUACUUAUAUGCCUAA